CUUCAGGCGGCGCCAGGAUCGCACUGGCAGCCAUCUUGAUUCAAAGCUGCUUGAUCACUCACUGCGUCGAAGUGCAGCACCGAUGGAUUUUCCGCCGCUCAGACCCACGACGUCUCAGUCCAAACCGACAACGCAGGAAAACGGAGCGUACGGCGUAAACGAUGUCAUGCUGAACGGAUUUUCAAGCGUGAAAAACAACAUUUCGGCGGUCCAUCCAUUGGAGUUGUCGGAACGAAACUACAAGGACAACAACCUCAAGAUACAGCUUGCCAUGGCGAGAUCAAUUCAAGGACUUCACGGUCCCAUCAAAUUGAUGGCGGAACGGAAGGCAGCAUCACAGGUGGGAAGACUGCCUUUCUUGCCGAGCUCCAACGUAAUGCUGGACGCGCUCGAAGGUGGCGACGAAACAAUCACGUUUGAGGACAUCUACAAUGAAGCUCUUGAAGGCGAAACCCUAAGACCCCCACACAUGGUCAUGGAGAAGCAUCUCAACAUGCUUUGAGGCGAGAAGAUUGAAGUCCCAAGUCGUUGCCCCUGCCUCCGCCAAGUCCCGUAAAUUUUGCAUGUUAACCGCAACAACAUUUGUCUGUGUGUAUCUCCAAGGUAAUAUUUUGCAGAAACAGCACAUGAUUAUGACUAGAAUUAUAAAAAAAAGAAAAGCCGAGCCAUCAAAGUGUUUUCAAACUCUAUUUACUUAAAAAGAGAAACAAACAAUAUAUCUGAUAGAUGCACAAGCACAGCGUAAGGCACUCGGUUACAUUCUCUCGUUACGUCGUACACUUAAUAAAUAGCAAAUAUAUUACAUGAAUUGUUGGAAUGACUAGGGUCAAGAGUUACAACAUAUUAUAGUGUUUCAUAAAAAAGAACUGGUGCCACAUAUUCACAUUGGCAAGGGGAGACAUUGAAGGAUGUAAAGCUAAAAUAAAAGCUAGCAUGUGCAAGGAUUAACACUGUGAACACAGCUACCCCGUCUGAAAACAGUAACCUUUAAGCAUCAUAAUUAUUUAGGAACAACUCCAAAAAGGCAGUCAUCGUCCCGCGAUGUGAACUCCCAUGCCUGUAAUAACUUCUCUUGUGCAACUAAAAUGGUUGUGUGUACGAUAAAAUGUGACUGAUUGUUUUCCAAAGGUAAAAAGUGCCACGUAAAACAUUGGAAGGAUACAUUGGCAACAGACAAUGAGCUGCUUAUAAAGCAACAAGUCAUCCAACCCUGCAACAUGUUAAAAGAGCAAAUAUACAUGCAAAUUGUACAGGAGGACCACAAAAGAAAACAUUAAAUUUGCCGGUAUUCGGAGUGAACAUGUCAAA